CAGUGAAACUGGAUCUCAAUGCCAGAGCAGGUUUGACCAACCUUCAGUUGUUCACAGACGCAGAGACAUGAACAACUGGGGGAAAACUUCCACUGUCGCUUACAACAAAUGGAGAAACCCUGAAAUCAGCGUGGUGACAUUCAGAGGGGACGGGGACAGCCUCCGUCAUGCGGAUGAGGAUCAGUGUGCAGACUACGAGCUCUGUUCCUCCGCUAGGCCGUCCGCGAGUCAAGACGUCGACACCUCUGCGCCUCGUGGAUCGGAACCUGAACGGCCGGCUGAAGAUACGUUCACAGUGGAAGAUGUGGUGGAGAGCAUUGGCUUUGGGUGGUUUCAGUGGAAGCUCUCCAUGCUUACUGGCCUGUCAUGGAUGGCCGAUGCAAUGGAGAUGAUGGUUCUCAGUAUCCUGGCUCCUCAGCUGCACUGUGAGUGGAGGCUGCCCAGCUACCAGGUGGCAUUCAUAACAUCGGCGGUGUUCAUUGGCAUGAUGGUCAGCUCUUCUCUGUGGGGCAAUGUAGCGGACAAAUACGGCAGAAAAAUAGCCCUGACCAUGUGCAUGCUGUGGAGCCUGUACUACGGUCUCCUGAGCGUCUUCGCCCCAUUUUACGGCUGGAUCCUGGUCCUCCGGGGCCUGGUGGGCUUUGGCAUUGGAGGAGUCCCCCAGUCGGUGACACUGUACACAGAAUUCCUCCCGAAGAAAUCGAGGGCCACUUGCAUUCUUCUGAUUGAGGUGUUCUGGGCACUCGGGGCUGUGUUUGAGGUCCUCCUGGCCAUGGUGGUGAUGCCCACCCAGGGCUGGCGCUGGCUGCUGGCCCUCUCCGCCGUCCCCCUGGCUGUCUUCGUGGCCCUCUGUUACUGGCUGCCUGAAAGCGCCCGUUUUGACGUGCUGUCGGGGAACACAGACAACGCCAUGGCAACCUUAAGUCGUAUGGCCGCGGACAACGGCAAGACCAUGCCCAAGGGAAUACUCAUUGCCAACAAGCAGGAAGACCGAGGGAAGAUCAGAGAUCUCUUCACGCCUCAGUACUGGAAAACAACCCUUCUCUUGUGGUUCAUAUGGUUUGCCUCUGCCUUCUCCUACUACGGCCUAGUCCUCUUGACCACUGAGCUGUUCCAAGCAGGAGAUGUGUGCGGUUUGGACCAAGGUGCCAAGAUUGAGCCUGUGUGUGAACUGGAGUGCCAAACCUUAACAGCAGAUGACUACAAAGACCUCCUCUGGACCACGUUAGCAGAGUUUCCAGGACUCCUGUUAACUCUGUGUGUGAUCGAGAGGAUAGGCAGGAAGAAGACCAUGGCCUUGUCCUUUCUCAUAUUCUCUUUGUCUGUCCUGCCCCUCUACGCUUGCAUCGGGAGGAUAGCGCUCACCAUCUUCAUCUUCAUAGCCAGAGCCUUCAUCAGCGGGGGAUUCCAAGUGGCUUAUCUUUACACACCAGAGGUUUAUCCAACAUCAGUCAGAGCUCUUGGGAUUGGAACUUGCAGUGGAAUGGCAAGAAUUGGAGCCCUACUAACACCUUUCGUAGCACAGGUGUUGCUUCGGACGUCUGUGUUCCUGACUCUGAGUGUGUACUGUGCGUGCUGCCUGCUGGCCACCGCAGCCUCUCUGGCCCUCCCCAUAGAGACCACAGGCAGGGUCCUGCAGGAGUCCAGCCACCUCACCACAGCCCCGGAGACCAGCCACACUCUGGACUCAGCCCUCACUGACUACGGGUCACAUGACCAGGUAGAACUACAGACAAGAAACGAGGAAGUAAAGAAAUAAACCGGACAACUGCUGAGGUUUCUGGACUGAAAGACUGGAGUGGACCAGUGGAUGCCUCAUGGCAUGUUAACGUGUUUGGGGUUUCGCAAGCUAGAUUGCCAUGGCAGAGUUAUACUACAGUGUUUCUUUCAAACGCUUUCUAUUUGUACAGUGGGCAACAUGAGGAUUUUGUACUAUACAGUGUUAAUAUAAAAUACUAUUAAAAAUAUUAUUAUUUAAAGGCACUA